UCUAAUAUACGUUAAAAAAAUUUAACGACAUGCUUAGAUAAUUCUACUUUUAAUGUUUUUUCAAUUAUUUAUUAUUAUCAAGAUAUUUUAUUGGUGAAAAAAGAAGAUAUUUUCAUAAAUAGUUUUACCAUGGGUCUAUAAAUAAUCUAAAGAAUCCCCUGACACACACUCAACACCCAUCAUUACUAAAUCAACAAAAAGAAAAGGAUGUGGGAUGAAACUGUUGCUGGACCUAAGCCGGAGCAUGGCCUUGGCCGUCUCCGCAAUAAAGUCACCGCUCAACCCAUAGACAUCAAAGGUAUUGGAGAAGGGAGCAGCAGUAAGACUGCCCCGGCGGCGGGGAGUCCGGGAACUCCGACGACUCCAGGGUCGGCACGUAAGGAGAACGUGUGGAGGAGUGUGUUUCAUCCAGGAAGUAACAUAGCCACCAGGGGAAUGGGCACUAACCUCUUUGACAAGCCUUCUCACCCCAACUCUCCCACCGUAUACGACUGGCUGUACAGUGACGAUACCAGGAGCAAGCACCGUUGAAGCGAGAGGGUGGAGUGACAUGCUGGUGAUGUAAAAAAUGUGUGUUUUUCUUGAAUUUGCAACUUUUUUCUUUCUUGUUGUGAGUGACCGUUCGAUCUCCAUUAUCUGUGAUGGUUUUUAACGGUGGCGAGGCGUCCUCUUGUCUUUUGUAAUGUUUGUACUAUUCGGUAAUUGAUAUAUUUCUUUUUUGGUAAAAGUAAUUGAUAUAUUAAACUUUUAGCUUCUAAUGAUUUAAAUAACUUAACUAUGGUUAACA